UUACCAGCAUCAUCUGGGAGCCCUGCUCCAGACUGCUCCCAUUCAGUCGAAGCACGCAGAAUCCCUCGGGCUCGGCUCUCCGGGUGGCUGUGCGGGGCUGCCGAGCCCUGUCUCCGGCUCCCGGCGGGAUGGGGCGGGCGGCGCCUCGGCCUCUCUGCCACGGAACGUUUAGAGGCCGGAACCUGCCGCCCGCCUGGCGGGGAAGAGGCGGGGGAAGAGAAAGGAGAGGACGCGGCGCAGCCGCCAUCACACAGGUUCCGCUCCCGCCGCCGCCCUUCCCGUCCCGUCCCGUCCCGUCCCGGCCAUGUACCGGCCGGGAUUCCGCGCACCGACACCUCCCUACGCGGGCGGCGGCUUCCGGAGCCCUCCCUCCGGCGGAGGGCCCCUGCCGCCCUCUCCGCGGGGCUACGGGAGCCCCCACCACACGCCGCCCUACGGCCACCGGCCCGGGCCGUACGGCAGCGGCCUCUCGCCCCGGGGCCCCGGGUUCCACGGGCGCUUCGGGAGCCCCUCGCCGGGGGCGCAGACCCCGCGCAGGCCGCAGAGCGGCAGUCCCCGGUACCCGGCUCCGUACGGCGGCGCGUCCCCGGCCGGAGGGCCUCUGCACCCGCCGCCGCAGCACAAGCGCUCGCCCGGCGGCUUCCAGAGGCACUUCCAGGGAUCACCCAGGACAUCUACUCCAUUUGGUACAGCGCAUGGCAGAGAGAAAAGAGUGUCUAAUGAUGUGGAAAACUAUUACAGACCUUCAAUGCUUGAGGACCCAUGGGCUGGCCUAGAGCCAGUUUCUGUUACAGACAUAAACCAGCAAUACAGCAGUGAGCAAACAACAUGUACUGGUAAAAAAGGGAGGUAUUUCAGCUAACACUUUUGGCCAAAUAACUCCAUCUUGUCAGGAAAACUUUGGGACAGAAUCUUUACACUUACACAAGAUGAACAAUAAUCAAGACCUUAGGUAAUAUGUGUAUUUCAUCACAUGUCCACCCUUUUAUCUUCCUUUUUUUUAUUGCAUUGGAUAUUUUUAUGUAUGGGAGGCAAAAGGAGUGGUAGGAGAACUUGUAUUUCUGUGGAAGUGCCUACCAGCUCUGAAGAACAAAGUGUUCUUUAUUCACCAGCGACUGAUCUGUGACUGUUAAAACAAGUUUCCAUAUACUUACCUCUCCCAUGCCAGAUUGUUAGCCUUUUAUUGUAAAGUCUCUUAGGGAGUGGUAUUUUUUAUGUUUCAACAUUUUUAGAAUGAACUAACUUGGAAAUAAAAUCAAGUUUUGUAAAUCCUUUAUUUUAGGAGCUUUGUGAAGGUGUACAUGUUAACACAGUAGGUCACAACACUGAAAUUAGGUGACUUCUGUAAAUGUGCUUGUAUGCUGUAGUUAAUGUCUGGUUUUGUGCAUAGUAAUUUUUGUUAAUUGCAGUGUAAUGUGAAGUUGAAACAUGACUUACAGCCAUCUCAGGAAACAAAUAUAUUGGUUUUGGAAAGUUUAAUUUGUUGAACAAACUCUUGAGUCACAAACUUAAUUCUGGAAUUUGCUUUUGUGUUUAAAAAAUAUAUAUUUGGAUCAGUAUUAGAAAUUUAUGGAUUAUAGUAACAAGUCUGUUCAGUGACAAUUUAAGUCCAAAGAACACAUAAAACAUCAAGCUUAAAUAAAUGGAAAUGUUCUUUCUGGAUCCACCUGCUAGAAUAGUACAAAAUGAAUGACAGUUUUUGUUACACAGUUGACAUUAGUACAUGCAUAGCAUCUUUUUUUAAUCUGUUUUAUAUUUUUCAAUUUUUUUUUAUUUUUACUUACAGCGGACAUCAUUGCCAGGAGAAUUGUUUUGUGUGUGUAUAUGCUAUAUUUUUAUACUGAAGAGGGAAGCAAUGAGUUGGGUUUUUUUAGAGCUUGUCUUUACAUGGAAGAUCCAUGCUUAAAUCCAGGAGUGAAUAUCAUAAUCUAGAAUAUAAAAAGAAAUAGUUCCAGCUGCAGGCAUGUUCUUAACUUGCCAUGUUAAGCCUGCAGUAGUUGGAUGAAUUUUUGUUGAAUAUACCACUGUUUGUUUGUUGAUCUUGGCUUUUAAGCCAAGCUAGAGCCACUUUGUUAAAUAUAACCAUUACUUUGGUUUUCAAAACACAUGUGUUCUUUUAAGCUUCUUAUAUACCUAAAACAUAUUUUUGUAGUGCUGAAGCAUGGUUAGGUAGAAAAGCACAGGAAAUCCCAUGAAACUGCUCCUAGUAACUUGUCUUUUGCUGAGGUAGCAAUAGUCCUUUGUACUCUUUAUCAGGUUCAGCAUAAGAUGUGUUAGGUUAAUACUGCCUUCAGGAACAACUUCAAACUGUAAGGGAGGGUUAUUAUGUUGAAAUGUGCUGAGUCUCUUGUACUCUUAGGAUGACAAUCUAAAGUAUGUCACUUCUGUUUUCCCCCAGUGGACCCUGUUAUUUUAGUAUUAUAUCCAAAAAGGCUGCCUCAAGAACUGAGAACAUAAUGUCUGCUGGAUAUCAACAAUGGUUAAAUCUUCAUCCCAGAAUCAAAAAAUGGUGCCUUAAAUGGCAACUAUCAGUAUUGUUUUCUGUAACAGGUACCAGCAAAACUGAGAUGACUUGACAAGUUGUCUUGUCAUCUUUAGAAUUUAUACAUAAGUUAAUCAAUCUCAUUGUGAAAAUUGAAGUGUAAAGUUUUCUUCCCCCUUUUUUUUUAAACCUUGUCAGGUGCUGUAAAGCUCACAGAAAAGAAGUUGUACUGUGCUUAACCAAGUGUCCUGUCUUGUUGCCAUUUCGCACGUGGUCGAAAUGCAAUUAAUUUUUUACAAUAUUUGGUGAUCUUGGAGAAAAAAAUAUGAUUUUAUUUAAGAGAGUGAAGCCAUAAUAUGUUCUCAGUUAGACAUGAGAGGGGUCUGAGUUUGGAAGGGAAAAAGGAAAGGUGAGGGAUUCCUGAGAGAAAAGAGACUUUUAGAGGUGGGAUUUCAUGCGCAGUAGCCAGUAUGAGCUGUCCUUGCACUUUCCAAGGAUGGAAUUUUGCAAUUUGGCAUUCCAGUUGACCUAGGCAUCAAAGCCAGAUUCAUCUGGAACCAGGUGUCAGACAUCAGUGAAGGUAAAUGUUCCAGAAAGAGAACUGAGGAAAUAAUCUUGGAGCACUGUUGAAUCCAAGCAGACCUUCCACAAUGCCAUCAGUUAAACUGCUUCAGUGCACUUCGGAAUGUGACUCAACAAUUUUAAGUACAUCAUACUGCUAAAGGCUACAGUCAUUGGUCAAGCAUCAUUACCAAAUAUUUAAAAAUGAUUCACCUUUCUAGCUUCUGGGAGAAAUUCUGUAAUUACAGUAAAACUUAAAUAUGUCGUUGUUGAAGAGUUGUAAAAUGCAUGAAUACGUGUUCAGAACUAUAAAUAUAAUGUAUUUAAAGCCAAUUUAAGCUUUGCCUUUUUUGCCAUGAUAUGCAGGAAGCUUAAGCACAUACCUCCUCACCAGUUUUAUUUUUCUUUUUACCAUUUGGCAAACAUCUGAUGGAGAGAGGAUAUAUCACUCCCUCAUCUGCUCUGCUAAUGAAGCCAUUUCACAGUACCAGUAUGACUCUGGAAAUAGAAUUUGAUGAUAAAAUGUGAAGUACAAAAUACAUCCUUUCUUCACGAACCCAUGAAACAAAAUGUUGCUUAUGUCUUGUCAAUGAAGGGAUUCUUCUGUAAUGAACACACUGAAUAUAUGGACACUGCUCUUUCUUCAACAGUCUUCUCAGAUUUUAAGUAAGUUAGCUUCUUUUUCAGAAGUUUGGGUUCAUGCACUUUUCCAUUCUGUUUUGUUUGCCUUGUAUUUGUCUGCCAAGUCCAUUUGACCUUCUCUUCAGUUGUGGUAAAGAAGUGUAACUUGUGACUAACUCUUCCAGUGAAAGUUUAAUGCACUUGUUGCUGUUUGCUCCCGUGUUUAAAAGAGUGAACUGCAUCACUACUACAUUAACAGUAACGGGAACUUGAAUCAGCUGAAAACGUGUAAUUCAGCAACACAUUGGGUGGGUCAUUACCUCAAGAUGUGCACUGUAAUAGUUCAAACUUCAGGUUUGAGUUUUCAUUCCAGCUUUAUAAUGUGGAGUAUUCAUUCUUCUCUGGCACUCAGUAUACACAUUGAAAUUGUUAAAUAAUUUAAAAUAUUAAUAUUUAAAAUAAAUGGGAUUUUUAAAGUUCAUGUUAAACUCCUCCUCUGUAGAAUUAGAAGUAAUACAUUGAGAUGUAGCAUUUUCCUAAUGUCAAAGCUGGGAACACCAAGUAAAGUGUGUCUGGUCAGCAGAAUGGGUAACUACUUUUGCAGUCGGGUUGCUUUUCUUGUUAAGGACAUCCUUAUGUGCUCUUGACUUUAUAAAAAUUAUUUCAUUAGACAUCAGAGGGGGUAGCAUUUGAAAAAUGCAUUAUAUGGAAAUUCUAUAAGUAGCUGUUCAGCUUCCUUCUAAAGAAAAGUUUUUUGUAGUGUGUUUGGUUUUCAAGCUGUGCUUCUGAGUAAUCUCACUGAAGUCAGAGGAUUUGCUCAUGCGACUGUGUAAGUAUCUAAUGUUACAGUUUGAAAAUUCUUUCAUUCAUUUAUCUGUCAGUGCUUUUUACCAGCAGUGCAGUUUAUUUCUCUGCCUAGCAAUUGCUCUGAAUUCGAAUUCAUACAUAUGCUUUUGUACAGGACUGUCUUGCAAUGAAUUAAACUUGUUCUUACAAUAUUUUCCAAAAUUCUCAAGAGUAGACUCAUUUCCCCAAAUCUUGAUGCUUGCCUUCCUUCUGUCUUCUUGGAACUGGCAGAGGAAAGGGAGGAUUGCUUACUGAUGGGUAAAGAAUCAUGUAAUGAUUUUUGUGUCUCAGCUCUUGGAUAUUUGCAUACUAGUUGACAUAGGUAACUAGAUAAACUUUUUUUAUCAUUUGAGAUGGUUCAAACAACGUUUUACAGCACAAGAAAUGAAAGAAAUCAAGUUGUGUUUACACUCAACAGCAGUGCAGUUUCAGCAUUCAGUUAUUAAUUCACAAGCAAUUUUUUUUGCCUAAAGUAACUUCUUGUCUGGAUGUCUCAAAAGGCACAAACUGAUUCAGUUUCAUUCUCUGCCAUUUUCACUUAAAUGUGUGCUUUGCUGACCUAGAAUUUAACAAUAAUUUCACAAACUGAACUUCUGAAUUUACUUCUACAAAAUUAAUAACUCUUGAGUGUUAGACCUCAAAUCUUGGCCUUCCCUUUAUACUAUUUUAGAUCUGGCAAGAAAGGCUUUAGCUCAUCCCCAUUGCCUCUUUGAUGAUACUAAGAAACCUGUGCCUCCUGGGCUAGAGACAGCUGGGCAGGUGUUUGGUGUGUGGCCACCCUUCCUGUCCUAGAGGGUACCCCUAGACUUUUGCCAUUCUGGUGCAGCGGGGCCCAGGAGCUCCUUUUGAGACAAAGGUUAAUCCAUUUUGCUUCACAGCUCCAUGCGGGGUUCAGACCACAUCAGGGGGUUGAUUAGUGCACAUCCUAGAUUUUAAAUUUCAUCAGCAUCUUGUGCAGUAAAAUCACAGGUGAAUUCCACUGCCCUUUGUCCACUCAUCUGUGGCUGCUGCAUAUUGUUGUUCUGAACUAGUCGUGUAAACAUUUGUAUACAAGAAUGUAACUCCUGCAGCUAAAAGGAUAUAGAGAUUAAAGGUACCCGUACAGUUCCAGAGUGAAACUUUUAAUGCUGCAGACAGUCCUGCUGUUAUAAUCUGCACCAAAAAUCUAUCCUGCUUCUGGGUAGCAUUAACCACGCUGUUCAAUGCUGUUUUAAACGACACUUAAAACUGAUAUCCAUAUGUGUUUUACCACAGUCUAAUUGGUGUGUAUUCAAGGUGGUUAGAAGCUGUUACUGUAGUGUCGAUGGGUUCAAAUCCUUGUUGUAUGCAUGAGGAAAUUCCUAUGAGUUCAAACUGCUGAACAUGAUGUCGAUGCAAUUGUUAGAGUAAAUACCAGCAAAGGGAAGAAAAAAACCUCAUUCACUCUGAUGCAAAUCAUUCUCUUCUCAAGUAUCACAGAGCUAAUGUUAAAACAAGGGAAGAGGAAAAUCAAGGUAAUUGACAGCUUCUGUGGAUGACUACACAGCAUAAAGCACAAAUAACACAGCUAACAUAAGCUUUAAAAAGCACCCAUUGCCAGCUAGGGAGUAGUAUUAUCGAUAAUUGGAUUGUAAGGAGCAAUUGUAGUGUUCUUAAAUCAAGCCACCACCUCCUGUGGCUUUAUGAAGAUUUUUAGGUUAAUGUAAAACAAGGCUUUGAGCUCUAUUCCCUUAACAGAUGUUGGAAAUUUAACAUUACUGUUCCUACAGUUGAAUUUGCAGAAGAUACUAUCGUCACCAUUUGUCUGCGAAGUUUAGUUUCUUUGCCUCUUUUGUUCUUUAAGCUAAGAAAAAAACAGGAUUUGAAAAUCUCAGGGAUUAUAACAAAGAUGAAAGGGAGAAUUAACAUGUGCAAAGGGUCCAACACAACUUGAGUUAAUAACUGUAAGAAAGCACUGAGAAUCUAUUGACUGCUUGCUAUUGCACUUUUCUAAGGCUGUUUCCUCUGUGUGUAAAUUUUUAAUAGCCUUCUGAUUCCUAUGGCAAUUAAAUUACUAAAGAAAAUUACUGGGUUGUUCAUGCCAAUUGUGCAGUAUGGGCAACAGGUUAAGAAACUGUGAUAACUGUUUGCAAAUGAAUGACCUGCCAAAUUGUGUCCCUCUUGGAACUGAAGACAGCUUACACUACCAGCCGUAUUCCUGUACUUAGUUUCUAAAAUAAAAUUCCAAGCAUGUAGAAAGCUUGUGCAAAGAACAUUUGAAUCCCUAUUUCCAAGGUACCUAUUGCAUGCGAUAGCAUUUUCUGGCAGUAUUUAAUUUCUUCUCACAACAACUGCUGCAUGUUUUGUACAUUGGCUCUGCUGUAGCCUCUCAUCCUCACUGCUGUGACGUGAGGAAGAAAUAGUUACUGGCUGUACUUUGUGAAUAUACUUCUGGUAACAGCCCAGUUUAGUUUCUCUCUGCUAUUAGAUCAUCCCAGUACAUAUUCUACCAAAUCCAGUACAGAUUCAACCAAAUCUCUAUGGUCCUACACCUUGCAAAGUAGAUUCUAGUACGUUACUAAACACAUCCACAAGCUUUGUGUACUUAAUAUUUCAAGCAGUUUAAAAGGACCUACCAAAAGUGGGUUGUUUUUCCUUAACACCCCCUCCCCCCCAACUAUCCAGAGAGGAUAACUUAGACUGUCUUACCAUAAGUUAAGGCUCUUCUGCCUUGGUUUUCCUUGGAAAUAAACAUACCUUCCCUGCCCUUUCCAUUGAAAUAGGCUCAUUCCACCCUUCAGGGCUCUACUGGAGGGUUUGAUGGAACCUGUGUCAUCCAACCACCCACUGCACUCAGUCCCUAAAGGUCCUGUUGGUUUACAUUGCUGGAGAUGACAGAAUAACGACAAGAAAUAAAGUCACACAGAUCCCCCUGACUCAUCUAAAUGAGCCUGCAUUGGUUGAGUGUUGGACUUUGUUGUCAGAUGUGCAGUGAGAACUGUACUACACAGACAUGACCUUGCCAUAGUGGCCACCCUUCAGAUUUAAAAAAAGCCACUACUGAACAUGCAGACAAAUGGUGCUCAAAUCUGUGUUAAACAUUGCAAAUUCAGCAAUAAUAAUCAGGCAGUGUCACUCUAAAAAGACAACAGAAGAAGUGUGUAAGAAGGCGGCACAGGAAAGUGUUGCAUUCAUCCCAGUUCUUCCUGGUAGUUUCCCAACACAACCAUCUGAAUUUUUAUAUUUCCACUAAGGAUAUCCUCACUGAUAGCACACCAAGUUGGAUGGAGGAAAACUACCUCAUGAAAGCAUAAAAUCGGGUAUUCUUGCUCCAGCAGCCACAGAAUAUAUUACUGUAUUUAAAUCCAUGAGUGACAAGAAAGCAGAUGUGCAUUUCUAAGAGAAGUGCAUUUGGUGGGCAGCAGAAAUAAAAAGGGUGUCUGCCUUGGAACCUUUCCUAUGCAAUAUACUUAAUCACUUAUUGCCAGUUAAAAAAGAUAGUUCAACUUCAGUCCAGCGCUAGUUAUUCAGUGCUAAAUUCUACUAAGACGCUUUUGAACAGCUGAAGAUUGCUACAGAGCAACUGCUUUCAGUCUUGAAACCUUUCAAUUAGCAGAAGGAAAAAGAAGGAGCCUUUUGUGGUGUCAUUCUAACUGUAUUAAUGUGUCAGGGAAAAACAGCAGAAACACAUCUAGUCAAAGCAUAUGGCUUUAACAGCAACUAGUCUGUUUCUAGAUAAGCAUCCCAAAAUAAAUAAUCCAGUUUCAGACCUGGCAAGGAUCAUCUGUUCAGCCGACUUGCCCCUCCAGCACCUCCUGGCACGGGGACACUCUGGUGAACAGGUCUGCACCUUCAAUAACACCAUUUGCACGAGUUGUCCUCAGUCAUUUGUAAUAUCACAAAGCAUUAGCACAGAACAUGGGCAAGAGUACAGAACAUGUUAAAAGUGUUCCAUAAGGGACGCAAAAGGGUAGAAAGCUGAAGAAAGGUAAGACCUGCAUUCAUUCUCUCACUCCGUUUCUUCACAGGCUCCACAACAUUGUGGCCAAGCCUUGCAUUUUCUCUGGAGUCACUUUCCACCAGUUAUUCCCAAUAUUAUUUCUUGGCUGACACUUCCUUUGAACCAGAUUCUUCUCUGUUAAAAGGCUUCCACUCUGUUGUGACUUAAGCCACCCAUAAUUAUUAUUUUUCUUUUCAAUGUAUUGAUUUAUUAUAAAAUAAACAUUUAUUAUUCAGA